CCCUCACGCUUGCGCAGAAACUCUCCUCCUUCGAAUGGACUGUCUAAUUAUUUUGAGCUAAAGAUCUAGCGCGUCAUCUUCACAUGUUGUUGUUGUCGUUGGUUCAUGGUGACGCUCUCGGAACGUGAUACCAAACGGCCGAGGGCGAGAUUUGAAGGUGCGCGCGGGGCAGGUGGGAGUGCUGGGGGUGUGAUGUCAGAGUGGGGGCGAGGGUGGGCUGCGCCUCUCUCUCCCCCACAGAACGCAGCAUGAGCGCCGAGCAGCAAAAGGAUGUGUGAGCAGGCAGCGCGCUACUGUCGGGACGGAGUCCACAAACUGCUCCAGAAAGAACAGCACAAACUCCGAGAGAAGCCCGACAACCGCGACCCCCCCAGACCUCUCUGCGGCCAGGACAGCGAGCCCGACACGGCAGCGCAGCCCGGGAACAGCGGAGCCCAGCCCGGCGGAAUCGACGGGCUCGUCCGCUGGAUCGUCACCAAGAUGAGCGACAACAAGAACAUCUCCAGCCGCGAGUUCGCCUCCAGCAAGGAGGAGGCGGCCGUGGCCCAGGAGCAGUUCUUCGCCCCGGAGCCGCGCCGAGGCAUCUCCGUCAUCCUGGACAUCUUCAGAAGAGCCGACAAGGACGAUGACGGCAAACUGUCCCUGGACGAGUUCCAGGCCUUCUUCUCCGACGGGACGCUCAACGAGGAGGAGCUGGAGAAGCUGUUCCACACCAUCGACUCCGACAACACCAGUAAUGUUGACACGAAGGAGCUCUGUGACUACUUUGCCAAGCACAUGGGGGACUACGAAGGAGUCCUGGCUUCACUGGAGACGCUCAACCUUUCCAUCCUCAAAGCCAUGGACUUCACCAAGAAGGUUUACGAGCGAGGAACCAAUGUGGAGCAGUUCGUGACCCGCUUCCUGCUGAAGGAGUCGGCCAAUCAGAUCCAGUCGCUGCUGAGCUCCGUGGAGAGUGCGGUGGACGCCAUCGACGAGCAGCACGGCCAGUCGGGACACGUCCCGGCCAAGGUGAGCCCGCGGGCGCCUGACAACACGGUGCCGGAUUAUCCUCCCAACAACCGAGUCAGCGCCAGAGAGGCUGUCAGGACCAUCAACACCGCCUCAGGUGCGGUGGAGGUGAGGAAAGAAGGUCUGGAGGCUCAGAUCAACCGCUUGGCCCAACUCAUCGGACGCCUGGAGAACAAGACGGUGUGGUUGGACCUGCACCAGCGGCUCACGGACACCGACGGAACCCCCGGUGCUUCGCUGCUGCUGGUCCGUCAGGAGAUGGUGGUGUCCCAGAAGAAGCUGGGUGACUUCUGCGAGGCCCUGAAGCACUACCUGAAGACCGUGUCCACUCUGAGAGACUGUUUCCACGUGACCGCCGUGCGCCUGCCUGAUGGCCUGUCCUUCGUGGUCUACGAGUUCUGGGACGGCGAGGAGGAGUGGAAGAGGCACCUCCAGUCCGGCGCCAACAAGACCUUCCAGCACGUGAAGGUGGACACGCUGUGCCAGCCGGAGGCCGUGUCCUCUGUGGCCGUGCCCGCCGCCUGGUGCAGCGUGAACAGAGACUGAGCCUGAAGACCCCGACCACACGCCAAGCCCCCCCCUCCCCUCCCCUCCCCUUCCCCACCCGCCCUAAUCCUUUUGUAAGUACAUGUUUACAGAGUGGAUGUGGAGUCGGACGCCCGAGUCCGCGUCUCGUGGCGUCAGCGGGUCGAGCUGGACCAGCGUUGGUGAAGUAGCAGUCGGUCCUCACAUGUAGCAGCCGCCGUCCGCCAACCUGGGUCCAGGCGCCGCGGUCACAUGACCACCUUCGCUCAGCAGCAGAUCUCAGGAACACGCCGAACAUUCGACCCGACUGGAGACGGGAACGGCCAAAGCAGAGAGCAGAAAAUCACGAACAACAGAGUAGAGUGACGUGGUUGUAGUAGCAGGUAUGAACAUAGGGAGGAGAUGGUGUCUACGCAGAGCAGCGCUCCAGAAACGCUGACCACCAAUCCAAACCAAAAACAAGCCUCGACAAGUGUCAGUCGUUCGAAGAUUUUAACAUCUAACCUUCAAGCUGUUGCAAGCGCAGAUGUGUUUUCUCAUGUCUGGAAACAAGAACUUCAGAAGAAAAGGAUCUUUAGAACAGUGAAAGAAAAUCAAUAUUAAAUGUAAUCACGCACAAAUCACACGGCAGAAGUUGACAUUUUCUCACCUGACAGAUCGAGGUCAGUUACCCAGGGACGCGUCACGUGACUUUGGCUUCCUGGUUGGCUGCUGAGGGAACCCAGCAUCGCCACGUCAUGCUAGCAUGAGUCGUUACGAGCGGCGGCGUCGCCUCACUUCACGACGUCCCGUUUUGAUUUGGUGGUGUUGGUGGUCCGGCUUGGUCGAGCUCCGGUUGAGACGUGGCUCACGGUGAGUGUAUUUGUAUCAACCCUAGGUGUUAGCGGCCAGAACGUUUAGCUGCUGCAGCUUCUCCUCAGAUUCACAAUCACGUCGAUAAAAGCCUUAAAACAUUGACGGUGACACCAUUUUCCGUUGGCGGGAUUCACACGUCCACGUGAGGGGCAUCCAAACCGGCGCCACCUGCAGCCCGACACGAGUCGCUGCCUGUGUUAUCGCUCUCGUUCCACAGCUAGCUAGCUCCACACUGGCGAACGAGUGCUAUGGUGUUUUCAACGACGCUUUCAAAGCUAGAAAGAAGUAGCUCAGUAAAAGUGCAGCAUUUUUGUGUCGCGGUGUCGGUUUAUCAGGCGAAGACUUGUGGACUAGAUGCCGCCUGUCUCUGCUGCGAAACGCUGAUGGGAAGAUUCGGAACUUUAGGAAAUAAAAUCAUCUCGACGAGACUCUGACGCAUGAAACAAACGUGACUGUGUUAAAUGCUAACGUGUGUUAGCAAGUGAUGUAGUCGUAAUGUUUCACUGUGUCACGUUUCCUGCCCCCUCUGACUCCACGCAGCUAAAUUCAAACUCAGAACGGCACCAGAGUUAAAGGUCUAGUUUUGAAACGCGCUCGACCCCGACUCGGCCCGCGGGCCCCAGUUUGGACCCCCCUGAAACUAAUCGGUGAACCCAGCAGGCGGUUCAGUCCGGACCCGCUGCUCGACCCGUCAAGACCGGACAUUUGGCGCCGCAGACAAAUGUAGCAUCGGCGGUUCAAGUUGUGUGAAGACCGUUGCCGUGGUAACAGGCGGCGGCCCAGAGUUCACUGCACAAUUUUGAAGCCAUAGUGGUCCGAACCCUCAAGAGAGGCCCCUGCGGCGCCAGCUCUCCGGAACUGCAGGGUCAGGAGUGUUUCUGGACCGCUGGCCGGGUCCCCCAACACAGGACCAGAACUUGGCUCGGCCCGGGUCCUCCCCUCCCCCCGCCCCCCCUCACUGGUCCCCUGCGCCGCUCACGCGAUCAGGAUCCGCCGCCGCCGCCGCCGUCUCCUCCCUCCUUUUCUAGUCCCCUCGCGAGCGCAUGUCCGUGAAUGUCCCGUGUUCUUGGCUGUAGUGUUUCGACUCUUUGGUUCGUGCUCCUUCUGACCUCCUUUCUGUUGAAGUAGAGACCGAGAACAUCUCCUGUAGACCACCCCAGAAUGACCUUCCAUGACCUUGUUCCCCACUGUACCUUCAGCAGCUUGUGCAGGGAUGCAUCUUAGAUUUGCUCUUUGAAGACUAUUAUUGUUGAGAUGAUAGACCAUGUAGAGUCAUGCAGUUCAAUAAAAAUAUGGACGUGAGACGCCGCUGUGCUUCUUCUCACCAUCUGGGGAGGAGGGGCCGGGGUCAGGGGUCAGACCGCAGCGCCGCCGGGUUCUGAGCGGAGAGUCCGUCCACCCGGCGAGGGCCCUUCGGCGAGUGGUGACUCGCAUCAUUCUGCUGUCAUCUCAAUGUUACAUUAGGUACAUUUUUGCGUAGAACACGCAGGACUCUUUCAAAGCAGCUGGACACAGACAAAACGUGUCUCUAUGUGCUGAAAUAACAGGAAGUGCAGACUCCGGCACAGCAGGUGGUGCAUCACCAGUUUUGUCAGAGGUCCGGUAGAGGGCGCCACUGCCCGCCAGCUCUCGCUCCAGGGGCGCCGACCUCCAACCUCCAGGUGCAACAACGCUGAACAGGAAGCAGUCUUUUCUAGAAAAUCCUUUUAUUCUUCUCACCGGCCGUUUGCCGAACAGGCCGCGUCAGCCGCACCACAGUGUCUGUACACAUAUUUACAGGUGAGCGCCCCCUCUGGAGCUUGGGCGAGCCUCGACCGUGCGCAGGUGGACGACAGUGACGCGCGCGCGUGUGCUGAGCUAAAAGACAUGUGACUGCUGGGUCUCUAAGGAGCUCCGCCUCUCUUGAACCUCACAUGACAGCGGACCAGGGUCCUGGGGGGCCAGGACGGAGCUCGGCGUGACGUGAAGCGGUGCAGGGGGGUGAGGUGGGGAGGGGGUUGAGGUC